AUGCCCUACCGCAUCUGCUCGAGCAUCGACAUGGUCGUGGAGCACGCCACCGCCCCGCUUGACAUCGAUGCUGUCGUCGAUAGGCCAGCCAGUCGGGCAUACGCGAACGUGAUGUGGUACCUAAACACCCAGUUCAAGGUUCAGCGGGGUGCCCACACGCGUGGACAGGCGGGCCACUCAUGCGGUGCUAGAGUUGCAGAUAUCGCCGACGGUGUAGCUCCGAUGGUUAUAGCGUGUGAGGGAACAGUUGAAUCCGUGAAACGGAAUGUCCGUGCACCGCAGCCCGAUCAAGCUCGUUUCCACGCGCGCAGGGUCGCGGUGAACACGAAGUGGGAGUCGGGCAGACCUGCCAGUGAGAAGCGCGCGCACCUGCGCGAGAAACGCACGAGUGGCCAGAUUUGCCACGAGCAUCCGCAUCAGUGGUCCUUGCGAUCCGCGAAGGCUUGGGGGGGCGAGAAGAGGUACCGCGCGUCAGGUCUUGACCAGGCAGGAUGGGAAGCGGCGCUUGAGCGUGGCGUGGUAGCGGGGACGCUUCAAGGGAAAUUGAACGUUAUUCUGUGCAGCAGUAGUGCGGCGUCGCACAGAAUGCCAAUCAGAGGUGAAGCAUCCUAG